CGCCCGCGGGAGCUCGCCGGUGGCUAGAACGGCUGCGGCUCGCAGAGCAGGCGCCAACCGCCCGAGGCGCGGCGGGAGGCGGCGCGGGGCGGCUGGUGGAGGUCCCCGGGGUUGCCGGUCAUGAUCGACUCUGUGAAGCUCCGGCGCGACUCCGCGGCCGACUUCUUCUCGCACUAUGAGUACCUGUGCGCUCUGCAGGACUCGGUGCCGCUGCCCGCCGUGCGCGCCUGCCUGCGGGACGGCGUGCUGGACUUCAAUGCCGACCGGCUGCGCGCGGUGGACUGGGCGCCGCUGCUCAGCACGCUCAGGGUGAACCGCGACCUGCCGCUGGUGGCCAUCAAGAGCUCCUUCCAGCCGUGGCUCGGGGAGACAGUUCUGCGGUCCGGAGGUGCUGAUACACACAGAGUUUGUAGGAAUCGAGUUCCUGCAGUGAGAUCCAAAGACUUGAGCUUCCAGUUGUGUAAGGCUCUUAGAGGCUGCUUAAGUAUAUCAGGUGUGCUAAGAAAUCUGGAGCUCAAUGGGCUGCUUCUGAGAGAGAGAGAUUUGACCUGUCUAACUAAGGGAUUGAGUAAAUCAGCCUCUUUGGUGCACCUGUCUCUUGCAAAUUGUCCAAUUGGAGACGGAGGUUUAGAAAUUAUUUGUCAAGGUAUAAAGAACUCUGUCACUCUCAAGACUGUCAACUUCACAGGAUGUAAUCUGACAUGGCAAGGAGCCUGUCAUAUGGCCAAGAUCUUAAAGUAUCAAACCAUGAGAAGGCAUGAAGAAACCUGGGCUGAGAGUCUUCGCUACAGGAGGCCCGAUCUUGACUGCAUGGCUGGCUUAAGGCGCAUCACACUGAAUUGCAACACACUCAUUGGUGAUCAAGGUGCGAGUGCUUUUGCAGACUCGCUUAGUGAGGAUUUAUGGCUUCGAGCGCUUGACCUGCAGCAGUGCGGCCUCACCAAUGAAGGGGCCAAGGCUUUACUGGAGGCCCUGGAAACCAACAGAACCCUGGUCGUCCUGGAUAUAAGGAAAAACCCACUUAUUGAUCAUUCUAUGAUGAAAGCAGUUAUCCAGAAGGUUCUCCAGAAUGGAAGGAGUGCAAACUCAGAGUACCAGUGGGUAACAUCCCCGUCAUUGAAGGAACCAUCCAAAACCACUAAGCAGAAAAAAAAAACAAUUGUACUAGGAAGCAGUCGGAAAGGAAAAGCUACCAUUAGAAUUGGUUUAGCUACAAAGAAACCUGUGAGUAAUGGGAGAAAACACGGGCUCAGUAAAGACUGCUAUGCUCCGGAUCCUCGGCCUCCGGGUGCAUCUGGUUUCCUGCCCUGGCGAACAGCGGAACGUGCAAAAAGAAACAGGAGUUCUCCAUUAAUCAAAACUUGUGAUCUAUCUAAUCACCUGAAGCAAUCAAAUUUCCCUGUGACUGUGACAGUAGAAAGUCCUUCAUCCUCAGAAACUGAUGAGACUGAGGAUUCUUCAGAAAGUGUCCAUGAAGUGCCUCAGAAAACCAGCAUAAGACAAGAAACAUUACAGGAGAAGCUGGAGGAGUGCCUCAGGCAGCUAAAGGAGGAGAGGGUGGUCCGCCUCAAGGCUGACAAGCGAGUCAGUGAGCUGGAACAUGAAAAUGCCCAGCUAAGAAAUAUAAAUGUCUCCCUGUCUGAAGCGCUUCACGCACAGUCGUUGACAAGCAUGAUCCUGGACGAUGAAGGCAUCUUGGGAAGCAUCGAGAAUUCUUUUCAGAAGUUUCACGCUUUCUUGGAUCUCCUUAAAGACGCUGGGCUCGGGCAGCUGGCCACUAUGGCUGGUAUAGAUCAGUCAGAUUUUCACCUGUUGGGUCGUCCCCAGAUGAGUUCUACAGCUAAUACACCUGUAGAAGAACAGAAAGCACUUGAAGAUGACAAUCUGGACCCAAAACAGAGUGCCAUAGGACAAAUGCAGGAUAUCCGAUUUCAGAAGAUUACAAGCGAUGGCACCGUGCCGUUACCUCUCGACACCGUCCAGGUUCUGCCUUCCACCCAAGAGGCAGCAGGAGCUUCUAGAGACAUCCUGGGAAUUGUAGGCCUGGAACUGCAGGAGGGGUCUGCAGCAGGAUUCAUUGCUCAAACAGGCCUGCCUGUAGCAGAUGGCAUUUCUGGUGGCAGGAGUCAAAGAGAAGAGGUGGUGUUGUCUAAGCACAGCAGGUCCUCUUCAGAGAAAGGGAGCGCGACAAGUGAGCCCUCCAGAAGGCCGUCUGCUGAGAGACACUGCAGGAAGGACCUGCUCUCCGACUCUGACUCUCCUGUGAACUCAAAAAGCAGAGGACCUGGGGAUAAAAGGUCUUUGCUUACUGAGCCAAUUAAAAGUGAAUCUUUGAAAAAAUGCAUUUCUAUCAAGAAAGAAAAUAGAACAGUGACUGUCUCAUCCAAGACUAUCAAAAGUAAACCCAAUCCCCUAGAACAUUCUGAAAGUGAUACUCUUGGGUCUGAUUUUGAAUGUCAGGAACGCAUUCAUUCAUCAGCACACCUGACCUGACGUAGGACUAACUUUUUGAAAUUAUGAUUUUUGCCUUCAAAUUUUAAUAAAUUUUCUUAUGUUUUUA